AUGGAGAAUCAUAUCAUGCUAGCCUAUGAACUCAUUAAAGGCUAUGGGAGGAAAUCAGGGAGUCCUAGAUGUCUGAUUCAACUAGAUCUCCAAAAAGCAUACGACAUGCUGAAUUGGAAUGCCCUUCAGAGCAUCAUGAUGGAGAUUGGUUUGCCUAGCAGAUUCAUCCAAUGGGUUAUGGCCACAGUCACCUCUGUUUCUUAUGUAUUUAAUGUAAAUGGAGAGCUCACUCAUACUAUGCAAGCUUGUAGAGGAAUCAGGCAAGGGGACCCUAUCUCCCCCUUGCUAUUUGUUCUAAUGAUGGAGUAUUUGAGUAGAUUGCUAGCUAAAAUGCAAGUGAACCAAAAUUUCAAACUUCAUGCAAAAUGUGAAAAAUUGGGACUGACCAAUCUUACUUUUGCAGAUGACAUUCUUCUAUUCUGCAGGGGAGAGGUUAACUAUGUUAGAUUGCUUCUCAGCACUGUUGAAUCUUUUUCCAUGUCCACAGGAUUGGUUAUGAAUCCUCAGAAGUGUAAGUUUUGUUGUGGUGGAGUUGAUCACAUAACCAAAGCUGCUAUGAAAGAUAUCAUGGGAUUUGAGGAGGGCCAGUUACUAGUUAGAUACCUUGGGGUACCUUUACCUAGUAAAAGACUAAAUAUCACUCAUUAUCUUCCCCUCAUUGAAAAAAUUGUUGGUAGAAUUGAUCACUGGACUUCAAAGCUCCUUAGUUAUGCAGGCAAAAUCCAGCUUAUACAGAGUGUGGCAUUUGCUAUAACACGGUUUUGGCUCCAAUGUUUUCCUAUACCAAAGUUUGUGUUAACCAAAAUUGAUUCAAUUUGCAGAACAUUUCUCUGGACAGCCAAGCAUGAAAGGAGUAGGAAGAGUCCGAUAGCUUGGGAAAAAAUCUGUAAGCCCAAGUGUAAUGGUGGUCUAAAUGUGAUAAAUCUCAAUACUUGGAAUCAAGUCACCUUGCUCAAAUGUCUCUAG